UGUUUGGUGGUGCAAAAAAAAUUCUUAACAGAGGCUUCAGAUUUAUGGCCCUUGUGAGGUGUCUGGGUUACCCCUUCAGUAUGUGGUGCUGAUGGUAGUUUCAACAUCCAAGGAGGCGGGGCAAGGAAUGGAACAGCGGAAGAUUCAAAAUGGACAUGGCGGCCGAAAAAGAACCCAACGAAAACAAAAGUGUAGUGAACUCUCAGGACCCUGCACCCCAGCCGGUCAUCUUCAACCCAGAAUUCUUUGUGGAGCGUCUGAAACAUGAGCGUCCCCAGGUGUUCACAGAGCUGGUCCUCAGUAACAUCACCAGGCUCAUAGACCUGCCAGGGGAUGAGUUUGCCCAGCUUACAGGAGAGGCAGACCCCAGACUGCCCACAGCACACACAGGCUUCCUACGCUCUCUCAACUUCCUCAAACGCAAAGAUAAAGGAGUGGUGUUUGGUGCUCCUCUGACGGAGGAGGGCAUAGCACAGAUCCACCAGCUGAUUGAAUACCUCAGCAAGAACCUCCAUGUGGAGGGGUUGUUCCGUGUGCCAGGCCACAGCCUGCGGCAGGCGGCCCUACGAGAGAUGUUGAACGCCGGGACAGAGAUAGACCUGGAGACUGGGGACUUCCAUCCUAAUGAUGCUGCCACCCUGCUUAAAGCUUUCCUAGGAGAGCUGCCUGAACCCCUACUCACACACAGACACUACCACGCCUAUCUGAAGAUAGCAGAGCUGACCCAGUUUGAUGAGAAGGGGAACAAGACUUCAGUACCGGAUAAGGAGCGUCAGAUCGAGGCCUUCCAGCUGCUGUUCAUGCUGCUGCCUCCAGCCAACCACAGUCUGCUCAAACUGCUCUUGGACCUGCUCUACCACACCGCUCGCAACCAGCACAACAACAAGAUGUCUGCCAUCAACCUGGCCACCAUGGUGGCUCCACACAUCAUCUGGCCCAAACACGUGCAAGCCAGUGACCUCCAGGGGAACAUUAAGAAGCUAAACAACGCAGUGGCUUUCCUCAUCAAGCACUCACAGAAACUCUUCAGGGCUCCUGUGUAUGUCAAAGAACACGCCCACAUGCAUUUUAAAGGAUCAACCACCUCCCAGUUUACGGAUGGCCUGGCUCUAUGUGGUGGGGGUGCACACCCCUCCCCCUCUAAGAGGGCUGGUGAGGCUGUGACGUGUACAGACGGGACCACCAGCAGUAACACACACACUGAGCUGGCCCUCAGAGAGCUUUACCAACAGGUCAGCAGCAUGCCUGAGUCUGCCAAGAAGAAGAAACUCAUCAGACAGUUUGCUAAGCAGGUCCCUGGGACGCCAUUGAGUGACCAACAGACACUGUACUCGCAUAGGAAACAUCGCCGCUCACGCUCCUUUGGAGGAAUCAGGAGGAGAGCGUUAGGUACCCAGGGCCCGGUGGAGACGGCUAGCAGUAGCCUGGUGACUCCAGGAUCCAGCAGCUCAGCAGACAGACAGGAGAAGGAGGACAGCAGCUUUGGAUGGGAUUCCUCGUCUCUUAAAAGGAUGUGCUUCUCGCCAACGCAGGAGACGUCGGUCUAGCAGUCAUCUCAUCCACAACUUUCUCCUCUCACUCUCAAAACCAUUUCUCUAACUUGGUUUUUAAAUGAAUCUUUUAACUAACAGGGAGACGCCCUGAGAUAGUUAAACAGUCAAGUCAUUUACAAGCCAAGUAUUGUGUUGUCUUAAAAGCAGUAGAACCAUGCUUGGCCAGUGAUCAUGUGUUGUCUUAAAAGCAGUAGAACCAUGCUUGGCCAGUGAUCAUGUGUUGUCUUAAAAGCAGUAGAACCAUGCUUGGCCAGUGAUCAUGUGUUGUCUUAAAAGCAGUAGAACCAUGCUUGGCCAGUGAUCAUGUGUUGUCUUAAAAGCAGUAGAACCAUGCUUGGCCAGUGAUCAUGUGUUGUCUUAAAAGCAGUAGAACCAUGCUUGGCCAGUGAAUAAUGUGUUGUCUUAAAAGCAGUAGAACCAUGCUUGGCCAGUGAUCAUGUGUUGUCUUAAAAGCAGUAGAACCAUGCUUGGCCAGUGAUCAUGUGUUGUCUCUUCCUUGUUCUGUUUGGAAAGAGACAACACAUGUACACCUUGGUCAUUCUGGUCAAGUAGGAGUUAGAAUGACUAGAAAAACCAGUGAGAACCAAAUUAAAACCCACAUUUCUGUGGUUUGUGUUUUGAGUUAGUUACUACUGUGUAGAGCAUGCCAUGUGGACAAACGUUGUCUCAGGUAGGUAGAAGUAAGCUGGAUCUAUAGGGAGUUUGCACUGGUUUGUAGUAAAUUACAAAGGAUGGUAAAAUUCUGAUUGACUACACGUUUAAGCUAAGCAAAGUGUUUUGAGUGCCUUAAAUUAUAUUAGCAAAGUAGUAAAGUUAAUGUGUGAUGCAUUAUAUUGAAUCUUUAUUUAAGCCUGUAAGUUCCAUUGAGAUAGUUUGUGGAGGCAGUAGCAUUGUCUAAAAUGUUCAGACUGAGCAGAGAUGAGUGUGAAAGAAAGAUGGAGGGAGAGAUGAGUGAGAGUAAAGUCUUGGAACAUGGUAUGUAGGGCUAUGACUGGUUUUCCUGGUCUGGUCAUGUGUUAAGGAAAACCUAGUAGACGUGAAUGAGACCGUAGUAGCUAAUGGUCUGUUGUUAUUACAACUGGUGUGAACUCACUGUUGCUUUGUUUGGGAGUGUUUCUUUAGCCACGGUCUUAAUCUGUCAACACUGUGAUUAUUAUUUUCUCUAUUUAAAUACUUUUUUCAUUUUUACUGUGUUUUUGUAUUUUUUUCUUUUUCCUGAGACUACAGCCAAAAUGUGUAUUAAUGGCCCCUUUUUUUUAAUCCGCUUAUGUUUUAUGCAAUAUCUAUGUCCUUCUUUUUGAUACUGUUACAGAAAUGUUUUUCUAUGCAAUCUGUUACAAUAUUUGUUAUUUAAUAUCAAAUGUUUUUAUCCAUGGUAUAGGCCUAUCUGCAUUGGUUCUGUUUAUAGCUAUUUUCAAAACCAGUCAGACAUUGAGUGCUGAAUCCUGACAAGAUUCAACCAUAUCUUCACACAAAUCCUCUACCAACAUACAUUUUUUUUUUUUUACGGAAAUAUUGAAUAACUUACAUCUGUUUAACGAUUUCCUUUUUCUAGUGGCAACAUUAACUUUACAUUUCAGUGUCAGUGGCAUUUCCAUUCUACUGAUCUGACUAUUGAGCAUCAGAAUUCUCUGUCAAACUGUUUCAAUGUGAAUGUGUCAUUAUUGGCACUACUGUGAAGCUAUGCAACAAAC